AAGACGUAACAGAAACGGGAUGGCUUCCUCUUUGGCUUCUCCGUCUCCUCCUCCUCGAACAGCUCACGAUGGCGUCGAUGGUCGAUCCCCGCCUCGUCCUCUCCGUAGCUUCUCUUCUCCUUGUCCUCCUUCUUCCCCUGCCCGCUGCCGAUGUCGAGUGUUGCAAAAAGGGAGCUGAUUAUCCAGUUAAGGUUGGUGGUGUUGAUAUGUCUCCAGAUUCAAUUGCACGGGGAGAGUCAGCUACAUUCACUAUCUCAGCAAACACUGGAUCGGGUUUGUAUCCGUUGAUGAUAACUGAAUGCAAUCCAAAUGAGUCCUCGAAAGAAUGGAGCUCUCGGGCCCUCGAUUCCAGCUUGGGGGAUCUCCAGGGUUCACUUAUACACGACAUCAUCUGCAGGAGCAAUCUUUGGUUUCACGUAUUCGAUCCGCAACCAGAUGGAAUCCUCGAUUAAAACGCUUCAUCAUCUGAGCGUCAUGCCAAAGUACGUGACUAGAAUUACUUUUGCAUGUCAAAUGAAAUGCAAUCUAUUCAAGAAAUCUACCAUUUUGUCACCA